UUGGUUCACAGCUGUUCGAUAAGUCAUCAAAUCAAAGCAAUUUCGAAAGCAAAAGCAAUAUUUUUGUAUAUACAUGUUAAAGUUAGGAUAAUUACCAAUUAACAUUUUAAGUGUGCCCCCCCUGCGGAGGCCCAUGCAAGUGUGUGAGAGAGGGAGAUAGACUGCCAGCGGAGAACAUGCAGCGACCCCAGGCAGAACAUAAGCAACUGAAGCAUCACCACUCGGAGCAAAACGAGCACAAUAGCAAUAAUGGAACACGCAUCGCGGCCAGCAGCAGCACCCAUGGCCUAGACACAUCCACGCCCAUAUCCGCACAUAAUGCAGGCGGCGCCGCUCCAGUCCAGCCACCCAAGAGCCUAGCCCUAAGCCAGAACAACUAUGCCGCCUCGGACACGUCGGGCGAGGAGGAGUUUCUGGACUCCCGCUACGAGUGCGCCAUCUGCAUCGACUGGCUGAACGAGCCGGUGCUCACCUCGUGCGGUCACCGCUUCUGCAAGCGCUGUCUUACCGACUGGCUGCAGAACCACAACCAAUGCUGCCCCCUGGACAAUAAGCAGCUCUCCGCGGAGCAGGACAUCUUCCCGGACAACUACACACGUCGCGAGAUCGAGCAGCUGAAGCACAAGUGCCCAAACUCACCGCUCGGCUGUGCCCUGGUCGCCUCCCCAAUCGAGGUGCAUCGCCAUCUGCCCAGCUGUCCGUACCGACGGCAGCCGCAGCCAGAGCAGCUGGAGGAGAAGUGCCCCUUUGCCAAGAUCAAGUGCGACUUUGUCGGUCGGCCCGAGACCAAUCAGCUGGAGGAGCACCUCAAGUCGGAUAUGCCGCAUCACAUGCAGCUGAUGCUGCAGGCCUUUCAGCAGACGGCCAUCGCCACCUGGCAGCCGCAAAAGGCCAGCAGCAGCACCAGCAGCGGAAGCACGCUGAAGAAUGGACAUGGCCAUGGCCAGCUGGCACCGCCGCCCCAAUACGCCAACGGGGUGGACGAGCAGAUCGUCGAGACGAUGUAUCAGCGCAUUGUGGUGCUGGAGCAGCGUACGCGGGAGCAGGAGACGCGCAUCGAGAAUCUCAAUAAGCAGCUGCGCCUGGCCCGCCAGCCGAUCGAUCCGCGCUACAGCAACGGCACCAUUGUGUGGAACAUUGGGCAUCUGGGCAGCCUGGUGUCCCGUCUGCGGGCCAAUGCCAACAAUCAGGUGUACUCGCACGAGUGCUACACCUCGCCGUAUGGCUACAAGUUCUGUGCCCGUCUCAACAUUCAGCCCAGGAAGCCGCACGUGCUCAGCCUGCAUGUGCACCUGAUGCAGUCGGAGAAUGACUUCCAUCUGGACUGGCCGUUCAAGGGGCGCAUCAAGCUAUGCAUGGUGCACCCGACGGAUGCGAGCCAGUCGCAGCAUGACACCAUUAUGACCAAGCCGGAGAUAUUGGCCUUCCAUCAGCCGCGCGAGGCGAUCAGCACACGCGGCUUUGGCUUCCUCGAGUAUGCCAACAUAUCGAACAUCAUGCACUUGGGCUUCGUGGCCGAUGAUCGGCUGCUCAUCAAGAUUGAAAUCAAUUUGGUUUAAGCUGGAGUUGAGGGACACAGGGAAUUGCAAGAGGAACAAGGAGAAGAGAACACAUUCCACAUCGAAGUGGAUCCAAUAUCCACACACACAUAAAUAUAACUAUAUAUAUUUUAUAUAUAUAUACAGGAUACAGGAUAAUCGCAUGUGUAGUGCAGCUGGUAGUGCAGUUUAGGCUCCCAUACAUAUAUGGCUACUACUCCUCCAAACUAAUCGAUAUUAUUAUUAUCUCUACUACUCGUAGGUAGAUCCCCUCCCUAGCUUAUAGUAAACCCUUCUUGUAUCCCUUAUCGAUCCAUUUUAAAUGUGCUUUUUCCCCAUAACGAUUUAGUUUUUAGCAUUCAAAUUCGAUUUGAUUUCAUUUGAGUAUUGUGUAAACCGAGUACGUCCAUUAAUUUUAUAGCUAAAAACCCUUGAAAUGCAGCAAAGAAAGCAGCUCCAACCACUCUCCAUGAUUUAUACUUAAAUAUUAAUUGUCUGUCUGUCUGUUCAUUUACAAGCUUCAAUUAUCUUUGCUCGCUUUUUUACCUUUCAAGGGUUUAAAACAAACAUCGGUGACCCUUCGAUGUUCUUCCUCCUUACUGGUUAAGGCUUAUGUUAUACCCAAAUCCCUGUAGAACCUACUGCAUACAUAUAACAGCGACAAGUUGUGUCUAGAUCUGCGUGUUGGUAGCUCUCUUGAGUAGGGAAACCCCCAAUUAAAGGACAUUUUUGUAUCGCCAA